ACGCGGGGACGCGGAUACUGCUGAAGGGGGCCAAAUCAAGAGUUGGAGACGAUGAUUGUUACGCAAACAAUCUUGUCCCUCUGAUACCACCCUUCUGACCAUAUCAUGCGGUCCACAUGUGUAUGGUUGAUGCUGGCCAAGACGGCGGCGGCACAUGUGUUUUGGCGUCGCCGCCCCAUUCCUCACUUUGCACUCAGUCUCAAGGUGCAACGGUUCGACGGCCUGCAGGGGACUAUUGAAUCGCUAACCCUUCCUCCUACAUGAAGUCGCAAAGCAGGGCAUCGAAGCCGAACACGCAAGGCCUCUGACACCCAACGGCCAGCAACUGCGGGCUAGAAAGGGCUGACAGCCAAGUCACGCUGGAUAGAAGGGCUAUCGGUUCAUGAUGCAGCCCUUUAACCCGGCCGUGCUAAGAAUGGAUGGCCGCUGUCUAACUUCACACUCAGCAAUCACACUCCGCUCAGGGUAUGCUAUAUGGCUCACCUACGCAUUGCGGAAGGCGAGGUUGGCCGACAGCGUUCGGGGGCUCGGGCAAAUGAACUCGGCCUGCAUUUGUUUCCAUGUUGUCCCCCUAUGCAGCGUUCCGGCAUUAGCCUUCGGUCACAGCAGCAAGGGGCCCUUCCCCGACAGCUUCUCCGCACGUGCUUGAUUCACCAGAGACGACCGUGCCUGACGACGCCUGGUGACUUUCCCAUUGCGAGACAAGCGACGAACUUGGCAGGAUCUGCUCGGCGCGUGUUGAUUCCAGUCUUUCAGGCGGCAAACUAGCAGAGUCGGCCCGCGUGACGCCUAAUCAGCCGCUCUUUUCUUCUUUACAUUGCAGCCCUAUCGGUUUACAGUCACGCCUGGGCGUGACUAUCUUGGAGUAUAACUCUCAUGGUAUAUCAUCAAGGUGUUACAGCAGGCAGUAAUUGAUGUUAGGUUAGUGCCUCGAAAGUGUGAUGACUCAAAAAGUCCGUUUGACGUCUAAAAAGGUCAUACGCACGCAAGCAGAAGAGCAAAACUGAAGAGGCAGGAGAAGAGCCGGGGCGCAGUGGAAGAUCCAACCAUGAGACAAGGGCAAGCAGGACCUAACGCACGCAAAGCCCAGGGGAAACAGAGUUUAUUCGUCUGAUGCCGAUGCUUCUUCCAUGAUUCCAACCCUGACUGGCUGUCUUCAGUUGAGAAAACUUUGGCCCUUCUUGGCAAUGUUGUACGGUAAAUGCGCGCACACACACAUUUAGAUAUAUAUUCGAUUUGCAUCUCCAACAGCAGUCUCUCGUUUACCCCAUCUGCCUACCACGGGUCUGUCGCCCUCUCUCGAACAUCCUCUCCUCUUAGACCGAGGCCCUCCGCCCACUCCACAAUGCAUAUUCCAGGGCGUGUAUUGACCCUCGCCGGGCUUGCCACUCUGGCAUCGGCUUCACCUCAGAUUUCGCUGCCGGCAGCCACACCAAAGUACGUAAACCGACCCGAGAGAGCCACCGCCGUGAAGGAGGCUUUCCAGCGCUCGUGGGACGGAUACCGCAAGUUCGCGUUACCAAACGAUACACUAAAACCCGUAUCCAACACGUCCGAGAACGACCGAAACGGCUGGGGUGCCAGCGCAGUGGAUGCCCUGAGUACUGCCAUCAUCAUGGAAAACAAGGACAUUGUCGGCCAGAUUCUGGGGUUCGUGCCCACGAUCAAUUUCGACGUGACAAGUACCGAGGUCUCGGUGUUUGAAACAACCAUUCGAUACCUGGGCGGCUUGUUAUCGGGGCAUGACUUACUCAAUGGACCACUCAAAGACGUCGCGGCGAACCAAACAGGCGUGGAUGCGCUGCUCACUCAGGCGAAGCGGCUCGCGGACAAUCUUAAAGUCGCUUUUGACACGCCCACUGGAGUACCGGACAACAUUCUCGUCUACGACCCGAAGCCACGUAGGAACGGUUCCGAGACCAAUGGCAUCGCCACUAUCGGGACUUUGGUACUGGAGUGGACUCGGCUUAGCGACCUGACCGGGGACAAGCAAUACGGCGAGUUGUCGCAAAAGGGCGAGGCCUUUUUGCUGAAGCCUAAUGAAGAGGUGUUCCCCGGUCUGCUGGGCACAGAUGUCUUCAUCUCCAACGGCACCUUUGCAGACCGUUCGGGAGGCUGGAACGGAGGAACGGACAGCUUCUACGAAUACCUCAUCAAGAUGUGGCUGUAUGACCAGAAUCGGUUUUCUCUUUACAGAGACAGAUGGGUUGCAGCCGCAGACUCGUCGAUUAAAUUUCUCGCUUCGAGCCCGACGACACGGCCCGACCUGACCUUCCUCGCCGCCUACAACAACGCAAAUCUGCGAUUCAUCAGCACCCAUCUUGCGUGCUUUGAUGGCGGCAACUUCAUUCUGGGAGGUCUUGUUCUCAAGGAGCAAAAGUAUGUAGAUUUUGGUAUCAAGCUGACGGAGGCCUGCCGCGAGACGUACAAGCAGACGGCAACUGGAAUCGGACCAGAAAUAAUCCGCUGGCAGGAUGAUCGGCCUCCGGUCAACAAGACGCUGAAUCCCGACCCACCCACCAAUCAGACUGGGUUCUACCAACGGGCCGGUUUCUGGAUCAGGGAAGGCGGAUCCGCUUAUGUCCUUCGUCCUGAGGUCAUUGAGAGCUACUACUACGCCUACCGCGCAACGGGCGAUACCAAGUACCAAGACUGGGCUUGGGAUGCCUUCCUUGCCAUCAACAAGACCUGUAGUGUUGGCAGCGGUUUCUCGUCCAUCACGGAUGUAGACAAUCCCAAGGGCGGAACAGCCGACGAUUUCCAGGAAAGCUUCUGGUUCGCUGAGGUGCUCAAGUACAGCUAUUUGAUCCAGGCUACGGAUGCCAGGGUCCAAGUAGAAAUGGCAGACAACAAGUGGGUGUUCAACACAGAGGCGCAUCCGUUCCAGAUCGCUUAGUGCGAUGACUAGGCCACGGGAUUGAAGUAGGUUUACAUGAUCAUCGGGAAUAGAAGCAAGCAGAAUCAGUAAUUAACAUAGAUAAAUAUCAUUAUAUGGCAUCUCUACGCUUCUCCCACAUCCUAGUGUACUGCCGCUAUUCACGAAAAUAAUUUUCACUGACAUUUGUAUCCCUGUCUCUACUCCUCCUAUAUUUGAUCCUACUCUUAAGCCCCACUAGCCCUCU